AUGGAAACCACUCGCGAAGAAUUUGUAAAAGCUUGGGCAGCACGUUGGUGCGAGUUUGUGCGGUUGCUGUAUUUUGACAUUGUCCGCAUGAUCAUUAUUGAUCCAAUGCAUAACCUUCUUCUCGGCCUCGUUAAGACUCACUUCUAUCACAUCUGGGUACAAGCCAAAAUUCUUCGCAAGACGAAAGAGCUGUGUGCACUCCACCAUAUUCUUAGUGAAUUUAGCAUACCGGCACAUCUCGGUUGUUUGCCAUCACUCAUGGGUAUUCCCGCUGGUGGAUCUUUGACUGCUGACCAGUGGCUCCUCAUGGCUACAAUCAUUGCCCCAAUUGCCAUGAGUCAGCAACCUCACUUGUCAUGGUCUUACCUCAAUGGGUCCCAGAUUCCUCAGAUAUGGCAUGAUUACAUGCAAGAGCCUGAUGCUGCUCACCAACAAUGGGCAGCAUCCAAUAAGGCUCGAAUCGACAAGAAGAACCGUGCUGCUGAGCUGAAGAAGCAAAAGGCUACUGCGAAAAAGCAAGCCAAUGCUGAGAAAAAGAAGAAUCACCAGGAAAUGGUGCAACGCAAACAAAACCGAAGACCUGACCCAUCCCGACAGCCUGUUGAUAAACAAAACAAACGGAAGCGUCAAACAGAUUACUGCCAGGAACUAAUCACCCUUUAUGGCCCCGAUGUAAUGUGGCCCAACCAUCAUUAUGCCAUGCAUACUGCAGAAUGUGUUCGUGAUUUUGGUCCCAUGCAUGGGUUUUGGACCUUCCUCUUCGAGCGGCUCAACAAGAUUCUCAAGAGCUACAAAACAAACAAUCACAGUGGGGGUGAACUCGAAGUUACAUUCUUUCGAGAAUUUCAUAGAACAAUACUCACUUCUUGA